CGCGCUGCUGCCACUCACUGCGCAUGACCGGCGCGCGUUACCAAGGCGGCUGGGAAAGGCAUCACCCGGAAGGCGAGCUCCGCUGAGCUGUGGGUACUGAGAGCCAUCCUCGGUGGGCUCAGCCCUUACUGGUUCCUGAGCCAGUAUCGACCAGGGCCAAGCAGAUGAAGAGCCGAGUUUGAUACAAUGUGGUGGCGAAGUCGAGGGAUGCAAAAGAAGAGCAAGAAUUGGCCUAAAUGGAUAAAAGUGCGGUGGCAGACCUUUCUGAUGAAACAGAAACUUUCAGUUCCUUUACUGAUGAGGUACAGAGUUCUGGUUCAUUUAGCUCUUCCGGAGGACAGCAGUCCUGGUCCCUUGCCUCUGGGAGCAAACCGGUGAGUGAAGAGCAGACUACAAUCUUGGAGCAAGGCGACAAACAAUCUGAGCUUUCAGACCUCAAAAAUUAUGAAAAGAAAUUGAGUAUUAAGUGGAUCAACUACCUCAAGGGCAAAGAAACUAACUCUGGACGGUACCAACCAGAUGCUAGACUUCAAACAGAAACUACUCAGAUACCCGAUGAAGAAUUGAAUGCCCUGCAGUCUUUCUGCACCGUUAAGAUAAAACUGAUCCAUCAUAGAGUGGGCUCUAAAAAGAAGAGCAGCAGACAUAAAAAGCUACAACUUAGAUUGGAUGGAGAGGCUUCAGAGAGAGAUGCCUUAAACUGUACUGUCCCUGAUGAACUUUUGAACAGAAUCUAUUUUAAAAACAUGCGGACAGUACCAAAACAGGUGACAGCAUCUAAGCAACACAUUUCUUCUCAGUGUCCUGAUUGUAACAGGAAAAGAGCAGAGUUGGCCCAAUCUGCCUUCUUGAAACAAAAGAAGACAUUACUGGAGUCACUUCUACUCCAAGAAAAAAUAGAUGAACAUCUUUACACCAAAGACUUUCUCACUCGUGUUGGAGAAGCACAUCAAGACCUUCCCAGGCUUUCAGAUGACCCCAGAAUAAUUUGGAAAAGACUGAAGGAGAAAAGUCAUAUCAGAUACUCUGGUUUUGAAAGGUCAGAUACAGAGCAGAAGAUUUAGCAAGAUGGAAAUAGUUCUUGUGGUUCACCUUUUUUUUUUUUUAUCACUUCUCAAGCCACUUACUCUAAUCAAACAGGUGGCACUUAUCAAAGAUAUUAUAAUAUGUAAUGUGGAUAUAUGUGUAUUUGAGUAAUCACUGUAAUUUCUACAGGAACUUGGGAAACAAAUUUAAGACUUUACUAUGCUUCCUCCACAGAUUUGAGGACUGAGAACUUUCUGUCCAAUACAUUUUUCUGAUUAUAGAAGGCAAUGUUGUAGUUGGAAUAGUUAAAAAGCUUUUACAACAAUGCAGGAGAGAUAUGUUGUAGCUUGGACUAGGGUGUUGACAGUACAGAGAGAAAGAAGUACAGAGAUGUAAGAGAAAGUAAUAACUGACUGUCUUUGGUUAUGAAAUGGUUAUGGGGAAUUAAUAAAGAGUAAAUGUUAAAAAUGUUA